UAGCUCUCUCUAUGGCCGAUUGACAUUAGCGCCAUCUGUUUUACGCAAUACGACUUUAUUUGCCGAAUCAUCUUUGCCGGUUUUACAAAACAACGCAUGACAGUUCGUCUUGUGAUACGGAACAACACUAACUCUAAACAUGGCCGCAUGGCUCCCUGACAGCGGCCGAUUUGAUAACUUUACACAAAAUAGUUUUAUGAACUUUACUUCUGGACAGUUUACAGACAAUAUAAAUUCCGAUUUAAAAUAUCAUGAUUUGGACGCCAAGUUUAAUAGUUUUCAAGUGCAUAAUUACGGCAAAAAAGCUUCUGGAAGCACAGUGACGUCGGAAAGUGAAAUAAAUUCCAAGGACAACAGUGCAGAAAAUACAAUAGAAUUCUCAUCCCACGAUGACUCAGUAUCGGACUUGCAAAAUUCGAAUGUUGACAUCGCUUCUAACAUGGACAAGAGCAAGAGGAAGCCGGAGGACAGCAGUGCGAGGUACAAAUGUGAAUAUGAGGGUUGUGAACGCACAUACAGCACUGUUGGAAACCUGCGCACACACAUGAAAACACACAAGGGUGAAUACAGGUUCAAAUGUCCGAUGCAAUCAUGUGAGAAAGCAUUUCUAACGUCAUACAGUCUGAAGAUACACAUUCGCGCGCACACGAAGGCGAAACCUUUCGCUUGCACCAUAGGUUCCUGCAGAAAAGCCUUCAACACAUUAUACAGAUUAAGAGCUCAUCAUCGGCUGCAUAGCGGCGACACUUUCAACUGCACAGCAGAUGGAUGCACGAAGUUCUUCACGACCCUCAGCGACCUUAAGAAACACAUACGAACACAUACACAGGAAAGACCGUACAAAUGUCGAACAGAAGGGUGUGGCAAGUCGUUCACGGCGUCGCACCACCUGAAGGCCCACGGGCGCACGCACUCGGGGGCGCGGCCCCACGCCUGCCCGGAGCCCGGCUGCGGGAAGCUGUUCUCCACUGCUACCAGUCUCAAAGCUCAUGCGGUGAAACAUCAGAUCAAAACCGAACCAGUCAAAGAUAUCAUAGACCCCGUCCAGAAACAAAUACAACCGACCAAAACAGGCGAAGAUGUCAUGAACUGGGACAGUCUACUCGAAUCCUUUGGGAGAAUCACGACAGAGUCCAACUCCACAGACGGCAGCUUAGAGGACAUCACCAAAGUCAACACUGUCGACAUCACAGAACUCCUUUUCCCAGACAACAAUCAAAACCUUAAAAAUAUAGAACCAGAUGACCUAGCAGUGGACUAUGAUCUAGCCAGUCUAACUCUAUCACCGUUCGCAGUCGAUAAAGUUGACAGGAAACCCGAAGAUCCGUGGGUCAAUGUGAACGACCUGCAACCCACGGUACCACUGCAAACACCCGAGAUUGAGAUGACGCAUCCCAAGUUAGAAGUCAAGUCCAAAGCGAUGCAACUGGCGUUGGCCAAUGAAAUAGAAGACCAGGCACCGUGGGUGGAUGUAAGCGCUCUGGCAGCGUCAAUAUCAGAAACGCCAGUUUGUAUCGAAGAAAAAACUCCAGAAAGCAUUUUCACAUUAGCAACCUUUGUACCCACACAUAUGCAGAGUUACAUAGACCUGAGCACAGAAGUUGCACCGACCGCCAAUCUUAUAACUCACGACUCAUUCAAUUUAGAUACUCCAAGUGUACUAGAUGUCGGUGACAAAGUGUUCAACGACAGUGAAAUAGUCACUAAUCUCGACACAAAUAAAAUAGAUACUGAUAUCGACCUAUUCUUAGGGUCUGAUGAAGAUAGAUCUCUGAACACACCUCCUCCGUCCAAAGUAAGGCAGAACAUCGAAAUAAACCCAGCCAACUCGGUCCUCUUCAAUACGGACUUAGAUUUGGAAGAUACAUUAUUGUUUGAUAAUGAACCUCCCUCUGAUAUGUAUGUAGUGAGGACUGAGAAUAUAUUUGGUAAGGUUGCUAAAAGGAAUACUCUGGAACAGUUGGCGGCGGACGCUGGCAUCUGUUCGUGUAUGACUUGUGAGUGCGAUCCUUCUGUCGGGGAGUGCAGGGGCAAUUGUUCUGAAGAACCACCUCCCGUGGAGCCUCCGAAGCCGCAGCAAUGUUUGGACGAUACGUGCUCAUGUAUCGAUUGUAAAUGCGACCACGCAGCUAUGAAGUGCGCGGUAGGUUGCGGGCAAGCUACUGACACGAAUCACAACACGUUCUUACAUUAUCAUCGUCGACAUAACAAUUCAAACCUGGAAGAUUUAGGAAUUUUCACCGUUCAUGAAGGUGAAGAAAAUCUUCAAACUUCGGCACUGAUGAAGAGUUUCUCGUGCUCAUGCAGUGGUCAUGGAUCUGGUGGAAAAUGUGGUCAACGUCAAGGUGAACAGAAAUCUUCGUGUUGUGGCAAGAAGAAAACUCCUUGCGGUGGUGGUGACAAGACGCCUUGUAGUGCCAAAAAAUCCUCUUGCAGCGAUAAAAAGCCACCCUGUAGCGAUAAUAAGUCUCCUUGCGGUGAGAACAAAUCGCCUUGUGGUGGUAAGAAGUCGCCAUGCAGCGGCAGUAAUACUCCUUUUACCGACAGUGAUACUCCAUGCAGCACUAACAAGACCCCUUGUGGUGGUAAACAGACGCCUUGUGGCGGAGAUAAAACGCCUUGUGGUGCCAAGAAAUCGCCAUGUAGCGGCAAAAAGCCUACUGAAGAAGAUUCAUGUGAAGACGCCAAAAAGUCUAUUGCAGAAGAGGUAUCGUCUUGCACCGUCAAAAAAGAAAACUGCUGUGAUGGCGAAGAGGCGUGUUGCGUCACAAUAUGUUUCAAGAAACUUGAAGCUUUCAAGCAAUUUCUCUCAGAUAACGACCUGAUACACGCUUUGAAAGCGCAUAAUUUCAAUCUAACAUCAAGUUAACAAUUGAAGCUUUUACAACCGUUGCAUUUAACUACGUACAAAAGCAUUGGGUUUCUUGCAUUGCCAUCUUUACGCUGUUAGUCUGCCCUAAGUGAUAUUUUCAUCGAUAUAAGUAAUAAUAUUAUAUUAUAUGUGAAUUGUGUUUUGUUGUUUUAUAUACAUGUUUUUGCUGUAGCAAUGUUAUACAAUUUACGUAAUUAAUUAAUAUAUAUAGACUCAGCGGCAAGGAACGUGGCCCAUGCGUGAUUUAUCACGGAAAUAAAACGCGAAGUAGGGUGAUAUGAAUCAAUGAACUAGUAACUUAAAUCGAGAAACUUUUACAAAAAAUAUGUAUCCUCCCUGCAAGAUGCUCGUAACUUGAUUGCUAACAGUGAUCUUAUGAUCCACCUACAUGCUGAAGAAAUUUCUUAUUCAUGUUCUUUGCUCAUGUAGGUGUUUCCAAUUCAUUGAUAGUUCAAAUGGCGUUAACACUGCGCGACCCAGUUUACAAUUUACUUAGGCCAUAUUCCAUGCCAAUGAGUAUUUAUUUAUAUACAAUGAAUUGUGCAAUUAUAAUGUUUGUCAAUUAUUUUAUAUAAUGUGUAAUUGUUAAUAAUUAAAAUUCUCCAAUACAAUGCUCUCUGUCCCAAGAAAUGUAAUGAGAAAGAAGUACAAAGAUAUUUCCAAAAAAAAAUAUUAUGAAAUGUAGAUGUGAUAUUUACGGUGAUGCAAUCAUUUUUAACCAGAACCAAUAUUUAUAAAAUAUGUCUACAAAGUAGGUUAGUUAUACAAUGAAGUAAGAUAUACAGUACUUCUUCAGUGAGACAGAGUGCCAGUUGUGUGCCAUAGAUUAAAAAGAACAAUAUUAUGAAGCUCGUUAAAUAAUGUAAGGAACAAAUGUUUGGUGCUAUCUGUAGUUAAUAAGUCCCCCAGUGCCUUAAAUGUUGUACUUACUAUGUGCUUAUUCUGUACAAAAUGUUGAAUAAUUUUAUAUGAGAUUUUUAUUCUAUAGUUUAAUAAUAAAUAGAUGCAAUAAUGUUAAUGCUGUAAGGUUUCUAGUCCACUUAACAAAUAAAAUGCUUUAUAUUAUCUUGACCAGUUUUAUUUGAUUAAAAUUUUAUGAGUACAAUUUUUCUUCUCAUUUUUCAUUCAUUUCCCAAUGAACUAUGCAUUACUGCAUACAGUCACUCUUGGUCUUGGCCAUUCAGUCCAUUAAUCCAAAAAUUAAUUAUGUCUAUGGAAAACACUAAAAUACUAACAGUCAGUUGCAGAAAACUGUCUUUAAAAUCGACAUUAGUUAAUCCGUCAUUAUCGCUAAUAUUCCAUUAAAUUUAAAGACGUUGCACAAAACUGUUGCGGGUCCCUUUAAUGGGACUUUAACUAAAGACGACAUUAAAAAGUGUUGCAAGUUAAAACACAUAUUUUGAAUGAACUGAUUACGUAGUAUUUGUAUACUCUCUGGAACUGAUUGAAUGUAAAUUGUCAUUAAGGAUGGAAGGAAGCGAAUCCCGCUUCGAAAGAAACCGAUUUUUUAAAAUGACGAUUUAUCGAUUGUGUUUGGAUUUAUUUCAUGUAGUUAAAGGACACUAUAAAAAUCAAUACAAUACCAUUUGUUACUACUUAGUUACUUGUAAAUUAAGACUCACAGUCAGUUGCAGGAACGAUCAUUAAAUUUUUAAAGUGACUUUAAAUAUUAAUGAAGCUUUAAAGUGUUGCACAAAGAAGUAUUUCUAUCUCAUUUUAAUGCCGGAUUAACUUUAAUUAAAGAAACGUCAAAUCGGGACUUUAGCCUAUUUUUUACGUUGCACAAAACGUCAUUAGCGCUAAAGGAGCAUUAAAUUGACAGUUUGGGGUUAUAAUUUUUAAUGCCUAGUCAAACAUCCAUUAAACUUGUUAUUAAACUCUGAAUUCUUUUGUAAAUAGUGCUAGUAAUAUUUUUUUACUUUAUUACAGUAUUAUUUUGUCCCUUUCAUCUUUAUCCGCUCCUUCCACGACGACGUCGUGUACCAGAUAGGAUAAAUUUAUUUGAAAAACAUGACGGAGAAGAGUUUCGUGUGAGAUACAGGAUUUCUAAAGCUUUACACAUUUGCGAGAUACUCAAUUUACAAACAAAUUCGAAGAAAUAGAGCCAUUGAUGGCCUCACAUAGUUAUUGAUAUGUUUGAGAUUCUUCGCUACUGGAUCUGCCGAAGAUCAGCUUCCUGCCAAACAUAGGCCUUCCUUAGUGUUAACAACCACUAGCAACACCAGACAGAUAUAAUGUAGGAUGUAAUUAUAAUAUAAUAGUAUUUAAUUACUGAGUACUAUUCAUAGGAAUAAAUAUAUUAAACCUUUUUCGUCAUUUCAUAUUAAACCUUUUUCGUCAUUUCAUAGACUACAUAAACUGUUUAAAAUAAAUGUUAGCUGAAAUGGAACGUCAAAUGAUAUAUUUAAAAACCGGCCAAGUGCGAGUCGGACUCGCCCAUGAAGGGUUCCGUAACAGCAAGUAGAUGCCAUAUUAUAAAAGUUACAAAAUAACUUGGUUUUACAUAGUGUUUGUAUGAACGACAAAGUUAUAUUUACGGUUUUUGAUAUCUCGUUCAAACCAAUUUUCGUUGUUAGUUUCUAUUGAAAUCUACACCAUAUAUUUUUUUCUUUGUUUUUUCACUCUCUUAUUUUAAAAGUUACAGGGGGGGGGGGGGCACUCAUUUUUCCUCUUUGGAAGCGUCUAACUUUCAAACGGUUGAUUUUGACGAAAAAUGGUUUUGGGAACCUUUAUGUCUUUUUUAAAGACAUAUCCAUAGACACCCAUCACGGGUAUGUUAGCUGAAAAAAAUUUUUUUGAAUCAGUUCCAUGUAUGGAUGUAAAAACCCUUUAAUUUUUAAAUUUAAUAAUUUUUAUUCAAAAUUCGAAUAGCGGUUAUCGAAAUACAUCAACCUACAGAGUUUCAACUAUGUAGGCUCAACAGUUUCGGAAAUAAAUGGCUGUGACAUACGGACGGACGGACAGACAGACAGACAAACAUGACGAAUCUAUAAGGGUUCCGUUUUUUGCCAUUGGCUACGGAACCCUAAAAAUGGCGGAAAAUAAUUAAUUCGAAUAUUGGUCGAUGAGACGGAUUGUUGGUUUAUAAUAGUUCUGUAAAAAUAAAUUGUAAUUCCUGAAAUGUUAUGAAUUUCAUUUAAUCUUCUCGCAUCUUGAAAUAACAUUCGGUAUUUCCAUAUCAUGCUAGGGGAAUAGGUGUAUUAAUAGAUGUAUAUACCUUGUAUAUUUUUAAGAAUAAAUAAAACGACUAAUCUUGUUUUAAAUUAAUUUAUUUUAUUAGAUAUUUAUUUUACUAAAAUACCAUACCGUCAUUACAUGGGGGCAAUUCGUACUUCCUCUGUGGGUGCAAUAUUAUACCAUUCUUUGGUUAAUUCUUUGCUUAAAAAGUUAGUACAAGGGCGAUGCAUACUGCCUGAACCAGCCUGUAUUGCACCAGAUACCAUGGUUAAUGAAUAAUGCUGAAAAUUCUUUCUACAAAAGGAAAACUCGAGACGAGUCCAAUUCUCAAUUAAUCACAACAAUAACAAACACCUGGAAGCUACGUUAAAUCUUCUCUCUUACAAACGCUGUUACGAUACCAAUGAAAGAUAAUUCAACACAACAUUAAAGCAAUUGAUAAUAUUUUUAUCGUAAAAAAUUGGAUUUUUCCUAAAUACAGAGAUGACAGAAACGCUCAUGAUGUCAAUAUUGACAACUAGGGCUGCCGAUCUAGGAAUUUCUUCCCGCGAACCAAAAAGGUUGAUACCUAUUUUAAAUCGGAACACAUAAUUGAAUCGGUCAGUGAAUUAGAAUAAGAUUUGAUAUUUAUAUGUAUUCCACUAUUAAGACACUACAAAAUACAUUUAAUAGUAGCUAAUUAAAUUAACACAUAUGCUUAAUCUGUCAAAUAUAGAGAUAUUUAAUCAAAUACAAAAUAUAGAUAUAGGUAUUACGUAAAUAAUGUAAUUAGCUCUGAAAAAACUCAUAACUGAGUCUUAAUUUACAAGUAACUAAGUAGUAACAAAUGGUAUUGUAUUGAUUUUUAUAGUGUCCUUUAACUACAUGAAAUAAAUCCAAACACAAUCGAUAAAUCGUCAUUUUAAAAAAUCGGUUUCUUUCGAAGCGGGAUUCGCUUCCUUCCAUCCUUAAUGACAAUUUACAUUCAAUCAGUUCCAGAGAGUAUACAAAUACUACGUAAUCAGUUCAUUCAAAAUAUGUGUUUUAACUUGCAACACUUUUUAAUGUCGUCUUUAGUUAAAGUCCCAUUAAAGGGACCCGCAACAGUUUUGUGCAACGUCUUUAAAUUUAAUGGAAUAUUAGCGAUAAUGACGGAUUAACUAAUGUCGAAUUUAAAGACAGUUUUCUGCAACUGACUGUCAGUUAUGAGUUUUUUCAGAGCUAAUUACAUUAUUUACGUAAUACCUAUAUCUAUAUUUUGUAUUUGAUUAAAUAUCUCUAUAUUUGACAGAUUAAGCAUAUGUGUUAAUUUAAUUAGCUACUAUUAAAUGUAUUUUGUAGUGUCUUAAUAGUGGAAUACAUAUAAAUAUCAAAUCUUAUUCUAAUUCACUGACCGAUUCAAUUAUGUGUUCCGAUUUAAAAUAGGUAUCAACCUUUUUGGUUCGCGGGAAGAAAUUCCUAGAUCGGCAGCCCUAGUUGUCAAUAUUGACAUCAUGAGCGUUUCUGUCAUCUCUGUAUUUAGGAAAAAUCCAAUUUUUUACGAUAAAAAUAUUAUCAAUUGCUUUAAUGUUGUGUUGAAUUAUCUUUCAUUGGUAUCGUAACAGCGUUUGUAAGAGAGAAGAUUUAACGUAGCUUCCAGGUGUUUGUUAUUGUUGUGAUUAAUUGAGAAUUGGACUCGUCUCGAGUUUUCCUUUUGUAGAAAGAAUUUUCAGCAUUAUUCAUUAACCAUGGUAUCUGGUGCAAUACAGGCUGGUUCAGGCAGUAUGCAUCGCCCUUGUACUAACUUUUUAAGCAAAGAAUUAACCAAAGAAUGGUAUAAUAUUGCACCCACAGAGGAAGUACGAAUUGCCCCCAUGUAAUGACGGUAUGGUAUUUUAGUAAAAUAAAUAUCUAAUAAAAUAAAUUAAUUUAAAACAAGAUUAGUCGUUUUAUUUAUUCUUAAAAAUAUACAAGGUAUAUACAUCUAUUAAUACACCUAUUCCCCUAGCAUGAUAUGGAAAUACCGAAUGUUAUUUCAAGAUGCGAGAAGAUUAAAUGAAAUUCAUAACAUUUCAGGAAUUACAAUUUAUUUUUACAGAACUAUUAUAAACCAACAAUCCGUCUCAUCGACCAAUAUUCGAAUUAAUUAUUUUCCGCCAUUUUUAGGGUUCCGUAGCCAAUGGCAAAAAACGGAACCCUUAUAGAUUCGUCAUGUUUGUCUGUCUGUCUGUCCGUCCGUCCGUAUGUCACAGCCAUUUAUUUCCGAAACUGUUGAGCCUACAUAGUUGAAACUCUGUAGGUUGAUGUAUUUCGAUAACCGCUAUUCGAAUUUUGAAUAAAAAUUAUUAAAUUUAAAAAUUAAAGGGUUUUUACAUCCAUACAUGGAACUGAUUCAAAAAAAUUUUUUUCAGCUAACAUACCCGUGAUGGGUGUCUAUGGAUAUGUCUUUAAAAAAGACAUAAAGGUUCCCAAAACCAUUUUUCGUCAAAAUCAACCGUUUGAAAGUUAGACGCUUCCAAAGAGGAAAAAUGAGUGCCCCCCCCCUGUAACUUUUAAAAUAAGAGAGUGAAAAAACAAAAAAAAAAUAUAUGGUGUAGAUUUCAAUAGAAACUAACAACGAAAAUUGGUUUGAACGAGAUAUCAAAAACCGUAAAUAUAACUUUGUCGUUCAUACAAACACUAUGUAAAACCAAGUUAUUUUGUAACUUUUAUAAUAUGGCAUCUACUUGCUGUUACGGAACCCUUCAUGGGCGAGUCCGACUCGCACUUGGCCGGUUUUUAAAUAUAUCAUUUGACGUUCCAUUUCAGCUAACAUUUAUUUUAAACAGUUUAUGUAGUCUAUGAAAUGACGAAAAAGGUUUAAUAUGAAAUGACGAAAAAGGUUUAAUAUAUUUAUUCCUAUGAAUAGUACUCAGUAAUUAAAUACUAUUAUAUUAUAAUUACAUCCUACAUUAUAUCUGUCUGGUGUUGCUAGUGGUUGUUAACACUAAGGAAGGCCUAUGUUUGGCAGGAAGCUGAUCUUCGGCAGAUCCAGUAGCGAAGAAUCUCAAACAUAUCAAUAACUAUGUGAGGCCAUCAAUGGCUCUAUUUCUUCGAAUUUGUUUGUAAAUUGAGUAUCUCGCAAAUGUGUAAAGCUUUAGAAAUCCUGUAUCUCACACGAAACUCUUCUCCGUCAUGUUUUUCAAAUAAAUUUAUCCUAUCUGGUACACGACGUCGUCGUGGAAGGAGCGGAUAAAGAUGAAAGGGACAAAAUAAUACUGUAAUAAAGUAAAAAAAUAUUACUAGCACUAUUUACAAAAGAAUUCAGAGUUUAAUAACAAGUUUAAUGGAUGUUUGACUAGGCAUUAAAAAUUAUAACCCCAAACUGUCAAUUUAAUGCUCCUUUAGCGCUAAUGACGUUUUGUGCAACGUAAAAAAUAGGCUAAAGUCCCGAUUUGACGUUUCUUUAAUUAAAGUUAAUCCGGCAUUAAAAUGAGAUAGAAAUACUUCUUUGUGCAACACUUUAAAGCUUCAUUAAUAUUUAAAGUCACUUUAAAAAUUUAAUGAUCGUUCCUGCAACUGACUGUCAGUUAUGUGUUCCGAUUUAAAAUAGGUAUCAACCUUUUUGGUUCGCGGGAAGAAAUUCCUAGAUCGGCAGCCCUAGUUGUCAAUAUUGACAUCAUGAGCGUUUCUGUCAUCUCUGUAUUUAGGAAAAAUCCAAUUUUUUACGAUAAAAAUAUUAUCAAUUGCUUUAAUGUUGUGUUGAAUUAUCUUUCAUUGGUAUCGUAACAGCGUUUGUAAGAGAGAAGAUUUAACGUAGCUUCCAGGUGUUUGUUAUUGUUGUGAUUAAUUGAGAAUUGGACUCGUCUCGAGUUUUCCUUUUGUAGAAAGAAUUUUCAGCAUUAUUCAUUAACCAUGGUAUCUGGUGCAAUACAGGCUGGUUCAGGCAGUAUGCAUCGCCCUUGUACUAACUUUUUAAGCAAAGAAUUAACCAAAGAAUGGUAUAAUAUUGCACCCACAGAGGAAGUACGAAUUGCCCCCAUGUAAUGACGGUAUGGUAUUUUAGUAAAAUAAAUAUCUAAUAAAAUAAAUUAAUUUAAAACAAGA